UUCCGCAACCUCCUGCUUGCCCCAUGCCGCCUCCUCCACUACUCUGUGCCAGUCCCUGCCUGCCCCGGUCCGCCCCUCCACUGCUCUGUGCAGCCCCCUGCUUGGCCCGUGCCAUCUCCUGCCUGUUCCAUGUCACCCCCUACCUGUACCGUGCUAUCCCCUGCUACCCACUGCCUGCACCGUGCCACCUCCUACCUCCACGGUGCCCCAGCACUCCAUGCCACCUCUUGCCUGCCCCAUGCCAGUUCCUGCUCUCCUCAGUCCAAACAUGGCCCCCAGUAGGGCUCCCCAGCAGGAGGUUCCUACUGCCCAGGUGUGUUCCCAUGUAGAACAGUGACCAACUGGGGCAGUCACCCUGCACCCCAGCACGUUGCACGGCCACUACUCUGGCAAGCAAGGGGCUUCCUGCCCAUCGUGUGGUAAGAACCAUCUCUCCUCUCCUUGAGGAUGUCCCAAGGCUGCUGUGGGCUGUGGGCUCCCAACACCUUGCAGCCAGCAGCCCCACACGGCGGCCUCCCUGCAGCGCUCUGCUCCCCGCGCCAGCUGUGUGAUUAAUUAGCUCACUUGCCCGCCUGGCCGCCACAUAAUUAGUGCAUUCAGGCAGCGUGUCCCCGUCUCCUACCCACACCCCCCCCGCCCCGCGCUGACCCGUGCCAGCUCUCCUACCUGCCUAUGCCAGGCAUGUUCCUCAUGAGCACUCACCUAUGUAGUCCUGUGCUUCAGAGCCCAAAUCCCAUCUGGCUCCAGCUCCUGCUUUGCCUCCCUCCCGCGUCCCGUGGGACGUGGGGUGGUGGGGUCCUAACGAAUGAACGCGCUGCAUUACCUCUGCCUCGCGGGGGCCGAACUUCAGCUAGAAAACAAACCCCAGCUGGAAGCGCUUGCCUCGGGACGGGUUUCAGAGCCCAGCGUCUGCAGCAAGGUCUCUCUAUCCACCCUGGCAAAAAGUGGGAAAAGGGUCCUUGCUCCCGCAGUUUUCUCCUCAGCUCCUCAGGACCCUUCUUCCCAGAGCCCGGCAGGGCUAGCACAGACUGUCAGCUCAGCUCUCUCCUACGGCAAAUGAGGUUCCUGCUCUUCUCCUUACAAACCAAAAAACUCUGACAAACCUUUAAAGCCUCGGAGAAACAGGAGGUGCAUUGGAAAACGAGUGGUCCUGGGAUUUCUUAUUUUUCACGGUCUCAUCAUUCUGGGCCUGACUCACAGCUUUUGAAUGUUUGGGACAAGCAGCAGAGGGGAAUAGUAGGCUUGCUCAGCACGGGCAGCACGGCUGGACGGGAGUAGUGGGCGUCUGUGCAGUGACAAAGCGACAGAGAGGGACAUUGUCCUGUUUCCAGCCACUCUCCAUCCUCACUGGGGUUGCAGCUGCCCCCACACCCGGUGUGGCAGGUGAGCUGGCCGGCCACAGCUCCUCACCCCCGGCAUGGCUCAGGAGACAGCCCCCGUCCUUCUGGUUGUCCUUACCAGGCUGGUGUCAUCCACGUGGCACGAAGGAUCUGGCUACUACACGGCUGAGAGCCACACCAAUGAAGUAUACACAGAAGAAGCCCCUCCUGAGCCUGCCCUGGACUACCGCCGAGUACCCCAGUGGUGUGCCACACUCAACAUCUACCGUGGAGAUGCUACCUGCUACUCACCCCGAGGAAGCUCCUACCGCAGCAGCCUGGGGACACGCUGCGAGCUGAGCUGCACCCGCGGAUACCGGCUGGUGGGGCCCAGUGCUGUCCAGUGCCUGCCUAAUCGCCACUGGUCUGGGAUGGCAUACUGCCGACAAAUCCGGUGCCAUGUGCUGCCAGCAGUGCUGCGGGGUUCCUACAUGUGCUCAGCUGGCGUGCAGAUGGAUUCUCGCUGUGACUACACCUGCUGGCCUGGCUACCAGCUGGAGGGUGACCGGAGCCGUGUCUGCAUGGAGGACGGGCGCUGGAGUGGGAGUGAGCCAAUCUGUGUAGAUUUGGAGCCUCCCAAGAUCCACUGCCCGGAUUCCCGGGAGCGGAUAGCUGAGCCAGGCAAGCUGACUGCAACUGUCUACUGGGACCCUCCCCGCGUGAAGGACUCUGCUGAUGGUGUCAUCAAGAGGGUGAUGCUGCGGGGCCCAGAGCCCGGCUCCGAAUUCCCUGAAGGAGAGCAUGUGAUUCGCUACACUGCCCAUGACCAGGCAUACAACCGAGCCAGCUGCAAGUUCAGCAUCCGUGUUCAAGUGAGGCGCUGCCCUGUCCUGAAGCCUCCUCAGAAUGGCUAUCUCUCCUGCACCUCUGACGGCAACAACUACGGUGCCACUUGCGAGUACCUGUGUGAUGGGGGCUACGAGCGCCAGGGCACAUCCCUGCGGGUCUGCCAGUCCACCCAGCAGUGGACAGGCUCCCAGCCUCUUUGUGCACCCAUGCAGAUCAACACAGAUGUGAACUCAGCUGCCAGCCUGCUGGAUCAAUUCCACGAGAAAUGCCGCCUUCUUGUCAUCUCAGCCCCUGACCCCUCUAACCGCUACUACAAGAUGCAAAUCUCCAUGCUGCAGCAAGCUGCCUGUGGGCUGGACCUGCGUCAUGUCACCACUGUUGAAUUGGUGGGACAGCCUCCACGUGAGGUGGGACGUAUCCGGGAGCACCAGUUGUCCCUUGGCAUCAUUGAGGAGCUCAGGCAGUUUUUGCACCUCACCCGCUCCCACUUCAACGCAGUGCUGCUGGACAAGGCAGGCAUCGACCGUGAGCGCUACAUCUCCCCUGUCAACCCCGACGAGCUCUUCAUCUUCAUCGACACCUACCUGCUGAGCGAGCAGGAGGCAGCACGGCGGGAGCAGAGCGGGGACCCCUGCGAGUGAGGCAGUGGCAGAGACAGCUCUCUCUACUUCCACUGGCCUCAGGGGUUGGACACAUUCUUUUCUGCUUUUCUAGUUGCCCGCCCUAGAGGAGAACCAGGGUGCUGAGGACCUCCAGGGGAAGGGGAACCCCUCUCCAGCUGCUCUGGAAGAGAGGCAAGCAGGGAUGGGGACUGGGGCCAUGUGCUGGCAGCAUCCCCAUUGGCCUGCAGCUAGGAGCAGUCACCAACGCAGCCCAGCCAGGACCAUGGCAGCAGAAAACAGAGUGCCUCUGCUCAAACCCCAAAGCAGAGAGAAGAUGGGGAAGCCAAACAUUGUACUGCCAGAGCAGAAGAGAGUGGGCAAGGCAGGCAGAACAGGCAGGGCAACAGCACAACAGCCUCCAAUACAGCAGCUUUACCCUUCUCUGCAGCCAUCCUUGCACCAUGCACAACCCCAAACCUGCUCCCUCCCACCCUGUGGUCAGCUGUGCCAGAUGGGUGCUGCUGCAAGGGUCCCAGCCAAGUAUCUUUCUUAAAAGCGAAUGAUCCCAUGCUCAAAGCUAGUAGCAGCCAGCCAGCAGGCAGCCCAUCCCAAGGGCUCACCCUUGCCCCCCUACCCCUCACUUGCCUCCCAACAGACAUGGAGCACCCUUCCUGAAACAGUUUGAGUACUAGAAUAUUAACCUAAAAUAAAUAAAUUUGUACAAAAA